UUACGAAACAAAGAGUCGUUAUUACGAAUACAGUAAAUUACGAAUAUGUAUGUAUGUAUUUUUUUAUUUACACAUAAAAACAAAUGUCACCCUGUAAAUAGGGAUAUUAUAAACCAAAAUCUUAAAAUAAAAGCAAAAGUCUUUCAUAAUUAAAGAGUUCACUGUUUUAUAUCAUAAAACUAUUGAAAUUAUGUGUUCUUUGUAUUCUGAUAAAAGAGAACUUUGCUUCAAACCUAAAAUCUUAAAUGCCCAUUGGAUAAAUUUAUGCGAACACUUCUAUUCUUAAUUUGACUGUGUAUAAAUAAUAUAAUAAUAUGUAAUUAAUUUUAUAUUGACAUAUAAUAAUGAAAAAUAAAAAUUAACUAUUUCAUAGUCAUAUGGAAUAAAUUUGAAACUGUUACUUAAUAUGUAAAAGGACCUCGUCGGAUAUGUCUAAGAAAAUAUUGGGAUAAAUGUGAAAAAUGUAGGUUGUCAAAUGUUAACAAACUAUAUUUAACUAAACUUUGUAAGAUAUAUGUGAUAACUUAAUUAAUAUUAGUGUUUUAAAAUGCACAAGGUCCUAUUAUAAAACGUAUUUUAAAAAUGUGCUCACAUGAAUUAUGGAUAUGCAUUAAGCAUGCAUAAAUAAAUCAUAAAUAUAGGAUUUGAUUGCCCAGUUGGAAAUGCACACUAAUAUGACGUCAGAUCGUAGUGGUGGAGGAGGCGGUUCCUGGAGACUACCACCGGAUGAAACUCUGCAGGUGCAAGACCCAAAACAAAAAGAUAAUGAUUUCGAUUUUGAUGAAGGUCACAAUUGGCGAAGUAUAAUCUUAUCAUUGCUUGUUAUUAGCUUUGUUGUAGCUGGAAUCGUAACUGCAAUAUAUUUAUUAGGAUAUGUUGACGAACUUCUCUAUUGGUCGGGUCGCAGAAUGAUAUUAGACGAAUACUUGCAAGGAGAUUUAACUCCUAGAAGGUUACCUUCUUCUUGGGUAACAACUCAGAAGUAUGUUUUUCAAUCAGAUGAUGGAAGUCUAGCAGUCUUGGAUACAACCACAAACUUAGUAAAAGUAUUGGUAACUAAUCACACUCUUCGUCAACUAAAUGUUCGAAGAUAUUUAUGCUCCAACGAUCUAAAAUAUGUUUUAUUCACGCAUAAUGUAAAAAAAAAUUUUCAGAAGUCAUUUACGGCAUUUUAUACAAUUUAUGAUGUAAACAAUGAUCAUCACACGCCAGUAAAAUUAAAAGACACAUUGAAGGUACAAAGAACACGUCUUCAGUAUGCAUCUUGGCUUGGCAAUACGACUGCAAUAAUAUUUGUAGUGAAAAAUGAUAUUUUUAUUCGACAAUCGCCAUUAGUGGAGGAAGAUAUAAGAAUAACCUCUUCUGGACAUGAAAACCAUAUAUAUAAUGGUGUUCCUGAUUGGCUUUACCAAGAAGAAAUUUUUGAAGCUCCAGAGGCUAUUUGGACUUCGUCUGAUGGAACACAUUUUAUGUACGCACUAUUUAAUGACACCAAUGUUGGAAUGAUGACAUACCCGUGGUUAUCGUCUGGAGCUUUAUUCUCUGGAAGUGGGAUGUUUUCUGGAAGUAUUUUUCCCGAAACAAAAAUGGUUAGAUUUCCAACUCCAGGAACCACUAAUCCCGAAGUGGAGUUGUGGGCUGUUGACAUAACUAAUCUGAGCGACAUUCAAAAAUUUAAUAUUAAACCUCCUGCCACUAUUUAUGGACAAGACUAUUACCUCACAUCAGCAGGUUGGAUAUCUGAUAGCAAUUGUCAAGUAUCGGUAGUGUAUAUGGGAAGAUCUCAAAAUUACAGUGUUAUUUCAUUGUGUUCUAAAGUAGAAGACUGGAAAUGCUUGGAAGUUCACUCUGAACGUGCACCAGAAGAUGAAUGGUUGGAUAUCUUUCCCCACCCAGUAUUUUCUUCAGACGGUAGCAGUUUCUUAUUUCUGGCGAAUAUUCAGGAGUCAGAAAACUACCAAUUUACACAUAUUAAACAUGUAAUGAUAUCACAGCGAAGAAUUUCUGUUAUUUCUCAUGGGCGAUAUGAAAUGAUUUCAGAUGUGACAAAAUUAAUUCGAUUAAUUACCUUAAUGACAAAGGUGACCAAAAUUUUGUGUUGGGAUACAAUAAACCACAAGGUAUAUUUUAUGGCUACGCAAGAUAAAAAGCCUGGACAGCGGCACUUGUAUUCAGUUCAAGAUCCAAUACAUGAUGAUAUAAGAAAAGUUGAACCACAGUGCAUAACAUGUGAUUUGGGUGAUGAUCUUUGGAGUAGUCGAUACUAUUAUACAAACUGCACACAUUUUGAAGCCUUUAUAACACCAUCAUUAGGUGUUGCCACUAACUAUGGAAUUGAGUUUUACAUUUUGGAAUGCCAAGGUCCAGGACUACCUGUAUCUGGAGUACAUAUGCAGACCACUCAUAGUUUAGUCAAAAUUUUGUAUGAUACAAGGCCAUUUUAUACAGAAAGGCUACAGAAGCUAGCUUUACCGACCCAGCGAUCUUUCGAAGUGCCAUUACCGCAUGGAGGUCGAGCUCAAGUUCAAUUACUACUUCCACCCAGCUGGAGAGAGGAGUUACGGGAUGCUGCUUUUCCAGUUAUUGUUGAAGUCAAUGGACGCCCCGGCUCAGAAUCAGUUUCUGAAAAGUUUAAAAUCGACUGGGGUACAUACAUGUCAUCAAGAAAUGAUGUUGUGUAUAUCCGCCUAGAUGUACGAGGGUCCAAGGGUCAAAGUAAAAAAACACUAUAUCGUCAUUUAGGAGGAGUAGAAGUUUUAGAUCAAAUUUCUGUUAUAGGGUAUUUGCUGGACACAAUAGGCUUUUUAGAUGAAACUAGAGUAGGUAUGUGGGGGUGGGGUUAUGGAGGUUAUGUAACCUCAAUGGCUCUCGGUACGCAACAGGACGUAUUUAAAUGUGGAAUCGCAGUGUCUCCUACUGCAGACUGGCUCUAUUCAAAUUCAGCAUUUACUGAGCGUAUAUUGGGCCUGCCUGCUGAAAAUUUCAAAGGCUAUGUUGAGGCUGAUGCUACCCAAAGGGCCCGUCUAAUAAAGUCCAAUUCAUACUUUUUGAUUCAUGGCCUAGCAGAUACCACAGCUCCCUUCGUCCAUGGAGUGCAAUUAGCGAAAUCUUUGACAAGCGCCAAUAUUCUAUUUCGAUAUCAGACUUAUGCAGAUGAAGGCCAUGACUUAAGUGGUGUACUCGAACAUGUGUAUUCUUCAAUGGAGCAAUAUUUUGCAGAAUGCUUAAGCUUGGAUCCGGAUGAUACAAAACCAGAAGUUGAUAACAGCAUAGUCCCAGCUGAAUAAAAAAUUUUAUUUGAAUAACGUGUAAAUAUUAAAAACUUGUCGCAUUAAACAUUUUGCUUUGUUUA